AUGCAGGAGCUGGUAGCGGCGCGGGGUGGACAGGUAGAGAACCUGCCGCUGUUGGGCGCCGCUGUCUUUGCGGUGGGCCUUCUCCAAGACGAAACGGAUGAGCGUUUCAUCGUGCAGCUGAUAGACAAGCGUGUGGGCGCGACGGUCGCCGAGGCACCGCGGGGCUGGCAGGAGUUCGUGCAGCUGGACCGCCUUGCCCGCGGCAUGGGGCCGAAGUUUGACGCGCCACCGCUCCCUGAAGCGCAGGCGCGGCGGCAGUACAUGUGCGACUACCUCAACGCCGCCAUCGCGUUCGGCGCCCUGAGCCGCGUGAAGGAGCUGCAGGAAUUUGUCGGCUACACGGAGUUCGUGCAGCAGGAGCGGCGGCGGGCGGCGGGG